AGUAAUCCUAUUGAUCCUGACGACGAAGAACAAUGGGUGGGUCAUCGCCACCGACAUGGCGAACGUCGAACACUGCCACCACUACGCGAACCAUUGAACAUGGCUCGCAGUCAGGCACUGGCGCUAGCGGGUAUGCCAUCGGAAGCUUACGAAGGAACGUAUCGGCCUGUUCCCGAAGGCAAAUCACUGAACUUGCCAUUCGCUUCGAGGUCAAUUCUAGCCAAUGAAGACAGACCGGCUGAUCGACUCGUUGGGCAAGCGCUUGGACUUGGACGAUACAUGGAUCGUCGAGUAGUUGGAGCGGCUCGACGUGAAAUCGAAGAAGCGUUUGCGUUGAAAGAUCAUGAGAUGGAUAUGGCUGCAGACUCUUUGGCCCCACAGUUCAUGCAACACGUCGGUAUGAACGAGAUGCGUGACUACAACGAGUAUUCACGAUCGGGAUUGCUUCGACCGGCAGCCCAACCAUCACAGGAAAGUGGCGGCUCACAGGAGGAUCUGCUCCUGGUCACCACCCUCUAA